ACCGGCUUUACUCCACCGGAGAUAGGAAGGAUAGAGGCGAUGGCCGCACAGGCGCAGAGCCGUCAGCCGGAGCUGAGGAAGGACGCUGUCACCGGGCGGUGGGUGGUGUUCUCUCCGGCCAGGUCCAAACGCCCCUCCGACCUGAAGUCCAAGUCCCCCUCUGGGUCGGCAAACGAGAGCUCCGAUAACUGCCCCUUCUGCGCCGGCAACGAGCACCUCUGCGCCCCGCAGAUCUUCCGGGUCCCGCCGGACUCUGCCGCCGAAUGGAGGAUCCGGGUCAUCGAGAACCUCUACCCUGCACUCGACAGGAACCUCGGGCGCCCCGAUGGGGGCGGGGAAUCCGGGGAAGUCUUGGGCGGGUUCGGGUACCACGACGUGGUCAUCGAGGCUCCGGCUCACGGAGUUCACCUGAGCGACCUGCCGCCCCGAGAAGUCGGGGAUGUUCUGAUCGCUUACCGGAAGAGGAUCGAGCAGCUUGCGGCGGCGUUCGAUGAGAUCAAAUACGUCCAGGUGUUCAAGAAUCAUGGAGCUUCAGCAGGGGCAUCUUUGAGCCAUUCGCACAGUCAGAUAAUCGCCCUGCCUGUCGUUCCUCCUAACGUUUCGACCCGACUGGGUAGUAUGAAGGAUCACUUCAGUCGGACGGGAAAAUGUUCUCUCUGUGAACUCCCAUUGAGUGACCUCGUCAUCGAGGAGUCGACCCAUUUCAUUUCAUUCGUUCCAUUUGCCGCCACAUUUGCUUUCGAGAUUUGGAUCGUGCCGAAAAUUCACUCUCAACAUUUUCACGACAUAGACGAUGAGAAGGCUGCGGAUCUCGGUCGGUUGCUCAAACUCAUGCUGAAAAAGAUCUCAGUGCAACUGAACGAUCCCCCAUUCAAUUUCAUGAUCCAGACCUCUCCUCUUCACACGACAGCAUCAGAGUUGCCUUAUGCUCACUGGUUUCUACAAAUAGUGCCUCAGUUAUCUGUUGUUGGAGGUUUCGAGCUUGGAACCGGAUGCUACAUAAAUCCUGUUUUCCCCGAGGACGCUGCAAAGCUCCUGAGGGAAGUGAAUGUCCCGGUCCAGUAGAGAUGUAUCCAUCAAAAUUAAAUCGAUCCUGCUUCCUACAGAAAUCUCUGCCAGUCUCUUCGCCUGAGCAUUGUUGCACAGCUUGUAUUCUAUCCUUAGUCCCUAACAAUUGCAAUACGACUACUAAUGUACUGUUGUACUUGUAUAUGACGACAUAAUGAAGAGGAUUUUAACAGUAGCAGUGGGUUUUCUUAA